AUGGAAAGCGGCAAUUAUAGCAUGGAUUAUAAUACAACUAUUCUCCUAUCAGAUUUAACAUCGAUUCCAUCAUUAUUAUCUAAUCAGAAGCAACCAAUGCAAAAGCAAUCACCAUUAGAUUGGCGGAUUAUCUUUGGUGUCACUAUCUUUGUAACUGCUCUAGUUGGCAAUUUAAUAUUAAUGGCACUGAUACUAUUUGAUCGUCAACUGCGUAAAUUAGAGCAUGUGCCUAUUGCAAGUUUAUGUGUUGUCAAUAUCUUGACAGCUGUUAUGAUUAUCAUGCCCUUUUUUAUGUUUUUAAUCCAUCGCAAAUGGGUACUUGGCCAAGCAUGGUGCUACUUAUGGAAUCCUAUGGGAUACUUUCUACCAUCGACAGGCAUCUUUCAUUAUAUGAUUAUUUCAAUUGAUCGUUAUCUACGAGUUACUCGUCCAUUAGAAGUAACUAAAACAAAAACCAAGCGCCUACUGAUAUUGCAACUGAUAUUAUCAUGGAUUAUACCAGCGAUUGUAUCUUAUUUGCCUGAGAUGAUAUGGAGGCAAUUCGAUUUUACUUAUUCCUAUCGAUGUUAUUAUAAAUAUCAUAGGAACAAUAUGUUAAUUUAUAACAGUGUAGUUGUUACAGUUUUAUUUGGCCUACCAUUAUUCGUAACAACGGCUAUUUAUAUUAAACUAACUCGAAUAGCAUUAGGGCAUAGUCGUACAAUAAAGCUACAACGUCUAUCGAUUGCAUCGCAACAGUCACAAGAAAAAAGUACCAGAAAGUUACGACAUCAAAGUAAAGGAGAAAUUAUUUUAGCAUUUCUUUUAUUAGCCUUUGUAAUUUGCUGGCUACCAACCUUAAUUUAUGCUUUAGUCUCUUCCAUAACUUAUCCAAAAGAUCCCAGUAGAAAGAUACCAUGGCUUUAUCCAAUGUUGCUUGUUAUCAACUUCUGCUAUCCAACUGUUAAUCCUAUUAUGUUUGGGUUGUUAUAUAGACCGGUUAGAAGAGCCCUAGUGAAGCAAUAUUGUAAAGUUUGCCGAUUUAAUACAUUCAUGGACCGUACAACAACUAUGAUGAGUUCAAUAUCACGAUCCAGUAUAGCAAUGAAAAAUAGUAAUAGCUUAAGUAACAGUCAAGAUAGACGAGUAUUACGUCGACUAAGAUCAUCUAAUAGUAGUUUUAAUCCAUCUGAUACAUUAAGUAGCAUUAGAGAUCAUAAAAGACCAAGUUCAUCUUGCAAAGAUAACAUUUCUUACAGCAAUAAAUCAUCACCAGGGCCUUGUAGUCCUACAACUGCACUAUAUCGACCUUUUCCCAAGACAAUUAUUGAUCAAUCUAGCAUAUAUAUCCGUGAAAAUGUCGGAGAAAAUGUGACUAAUCGUCUACAGUAUCAUCAACAGAAAGCUAAUCGUCAAACAAAUGGGAAUCACUCGUAUAAAAAUUCUCAUUCUUCAUCGACAUCUUCUGGUAGCAUGCAAUAUGUAGAUAUUAACGAUAAUAUGUUCUAUAAUGAUUAUAAUCAAGAAACGAAUGUUUUAUUUGUUGCCAGUUUAACCCGCAUGCCAUGCCGUGCGAAUGAGAUUUUCAGUUUAAUCAUGUUGGAAUUAAUUGCACCACACCGUCACCUACAGAAUAAUAUCACCUAUGUCCAUUGUGUAUGUAUAUUAAAUAUUGUUUUUAAAUAUAAAUGUCAGGGUGAUACUGGUAGUUAUAAGUUUUUCGUUGCAGAAAUUGUGGUUAGCUACAAGAUAACUCCUACUUUACGCUAUAAUACAGUACAUGAGGAUAGGUUGCGAUUUUGGUUAUAUACCGCACAUAUGCCGGUAGAUUAUUCUCAGCUACUGACUUAUGUAAGGCAGAAUUGA